AUGUCCUCGAAGGAGAGACACCCAAUUCGUAUAGCUGGUGCAUCUGGCUCGGCGUCUGACCGUCGUCAUGCCCUUGCAGCGUUCGCAAGGGCUUAUCCCACAGAUCGUGUGGAUGUGAUCAUCUCAGAUUACAUGUCGGAAGCCAACAUGGUUGUCACGGCAGUCCGCAAAGUUGACUCUGCUUUGCCAAAACCGCCGGACGCGAAUCCGCUCACAGCUGCCGGUCCGGCUUUUGAAGCUACCUUUCUCGAAGCACUGGAACCAGCUUUGAAUGACCUGGCCAAGUAUGAAAUCAAAGUCGUUGUCAAUGCCGGUGCCAGUGAUACCGAAGGCCUGUACAAGGUUGUCCUUGACAUGAUCGAAAAGAAGGGUCUAGCCUCUCAACUGAGGAUUGCCUGGAUCAGUGGAGACGAGGUUCUUCCUACUAUCAUGUCUGAUCUCAAGGCUGGCACGAGCACAUUCAACAAUAUCUACACAGGCGAGAACCUCAAUUCCUGGUCAUUCGAGCCCAUCUAUGCGCAGGCCUAUCUUGGUGGCUUGGGAAUCGCAGCCGCUCUCAGAGCCGGAGCUGGUAUCGUCCUCUGUGGACGCGUUUCCGAUGCAAGUCCCAUUAUUGGAGCAGCGUAUUGGUGGCAUGGCUGGCAGCGUGAUGAACUGGACAAACUGGCCAAUGCCUUCGUCGCUGGUCAUCUCAUCGAAUGCAGCAACUACAUCUGCGGCGGGAACUUCUCCGGGUUCAAAAUGCUAGAAGACUCACCAGGUGGGUGGGUAGACAUAGGCUAUCCCAUUGCUGAAAUUUCCUCCAGCGGUGCAGUGACCAUAACCAAGCAGAAGUCUUCAGGAGGUGCACUCACGGUUGAUACAUGCACUUCACAGCUACUCUACGAAAUCCAAGGUCCUUACUAUCUCAACUCAGAUGUCACAGCUGUCUUGCCAGAAAUCUGGUUUGAGCAGCUUUCCACCAACCGCGUUGCCUUGCACGGUGUGAAAUCUCUUCCACCACCACCCACUACCAAAGUUGGCAUCACAGCACGUGGUGGCUUCCAAGCCGAAGUACACUGGUUCUUAACCGGUCUCGACAUCCCCGAGAAGGCCAGAAUGCUGGAGGCCCAAUUACGGCACGUGCUCGCCCCCUACUCAGACAAGUUCUCUCUCCUCUCCUUCUCUACCCUCGGCACCCCGGAGCCAGAUGCCGACUCCCAAAACGCAGCAACGGUUGUUUUCCGUGUCUUCGCCCAGACCCGCAAGGUCGAGGAUUUGACGCCGCAGAAAUUCCUCCGCCCGAUAAUUGACAACAUCAUGCAAGGCUACCCAGGCGCAACAUUCCAUCUAGACUUCCGGCUCGGUCUUCCGAAACCAUAUUACGAGUAUUACGUCACUUUGCUCCCUCAAUCAGAAAUCAAACACAUCGUCCACCUGCCUUGCACCGACCCAACAAUAAUCCCAAGGGCCGAGCUCGAAAUCCCACCCCCAACAAACACGCAAACCUCCCCUCCCCACAACGGGACCCAAACCAACCAACCCGAAACCAGCAACCCAAUCCCCCUUCCAGCGCCCUCAGACUGCACCCUCCUCCCUCUAGGAACCCUCAUCCACGCCCGCUCCGGCGACAAAGGACCAGACUGCAACGUCGGACUCUGGACCCCGCAUGCCCAUGUCUAUCCCUGGCUGCGCACUUUCCUCUCCACCGCCACCCUCACCCAGCUCCUCGGGAAAGAGUACAAUCCCGAAAAGGUGAAGAUUGAGCGCUUCGAGCUACCAAACGCGAGGGCGGUGCAUUUCUUAUGCCGAAACCUGUUAGACCGAGGCGUGGGAGCGACAUCGAGCGUGGAUUUCCUGGGCAAGAACGUUGCCGAGUUCAUCCGUGCACGCGUCGUGCCGAUUCCCCGCGAGUUUCUGGUCGAGGGCAAGGCGAGGUUGUGA